AUGCAGGCUGCACAGCAGUCCUGGGAGCUCGAGAAUGCAAUCAGUGUAUUUGAUCCCCAACGUGACACACUCUACCAAUACGACGAAGCAACACAAAAAGCAUUGAACGAAGAACGGCCGUGGGCCAAGGACCCUUACUAUUUCAAAUAUGUCCGAAUCUCCGCAGCAGCACUAUUGAAAAUGGUCAUGCACGCUCGGUCCGGUGGAUCCCUCGAAGUGAUGGGUCUAAUGCAAGGCUACAUCCUCCCAGAAACCUUCGUGGUGACAGACGCAUUCCGACUUCCCGUCGAGGGCACAGAGACCCGCGUCAACGCGCAGGAUGAGGCGAACGAAUACAUGGUGUCCUACCUUCAGGCAUGCCGAGAUGCGGGCCGGAAAGAUAACGCCGUUGGCUGGUACCACAGUCACCCGGGGUACGGAUGCUGGCUCUCGGGCAUUGAUGUGGCAACACAGCAGACGCAGCAAAUGUCGGGGCCGUUUGUGGCUGUCGUUAUCGAUCCCGACCGCACGAUUUCAGCGGGUAAGGUGGAGAUCGGAUCAUUCAGGACUUUCCCGCUGGACUUUACGCCUGCCAAGGAACCGCAUGAGGAUGAUGAGUUUCAGACUAUUCCUGUUGGCAAGGCGGAGGAUUUUGGAACUCAUGCGAAUCGGUACUAUUCGCUUGAGACGACACAUUUCAAGAGUUCGCUUGAUUCAGAUAUUCUCUCGUUGCUUUGGAAUAAGUAUUGGGUUUCUACAUUGAGUCAAAGCCCAUUGUUUGCUUCUCGGGACUUCGGUAGUAAGCAGAUGAUGGAUCUCGGUGAUAAAGCGCGCAAGGUUUCGAAGCAAAUUGAGCAUUCUGGCUCGCGUCCUGGUGGGUCUACGCUUCAGGAUCAGCAGCUUGAUAAGGUUGUACGAGGCGGCCAAAGGGUCGUAUCAGAAGAAGUCAAGGGUCUCAUGGCAUCUGAGGUUAAGAUGAAGCUCUUCCAGAAUAUUGGAGAGCAGCCGACCCAAGCAUCCUAA